GCAACUUGCCUCCGUCGGUGCACCCGCUCCUCCUGCUUCUCCUUCCUGAACCUCAGGUCUAUGGCUCGCUACGCGCGGCUCAUCAGGCUGCUCGCCGUAGCAAGCCUCUGCGGAUCUGUGUGGUCCCUCACAGAGAAGGACAUAGUCACCAAGAACUCCCCCGUUAGUGUGCCGGGUGGACGGUCUGUGUUUGUGAGCCCUGUGGACAACCUGAGGAUACGUGUUGCCAAAGGAGAUCACUGCACUGUGCAAGUGGUUGAGAGUGAUGUGGAUGGGCAUCGUCCAGGAUAUCUUGAGCCAUCUUCGUUCCCGUGCGAGUUCGCGGCCGAUGCAGUGACUUACACACACCUCGGGUCCAGGACAGCUCCGUUGCAGGACAGGGUGAGACUGUUAGUGCGGUACGAUGCGAAAGACGAGACGCUGAUUGUUCCCAUCUUGUUGUUGGUGAGCACGACGCAGGAGCCGCUCGAAGUGGUGACGGAGAUGCAAACGCUGGUUGUUAAAAAAAUUGGUGGGGAGAGUCACGCGAUCGACGAGAACGUGCUUCGGUUUGACGCUCGUGGUGGACACUGCCGCGUGAGAGUGACGACUGAAGUGCAUGACUGGCCGAAACGAGGGAGGCUCGUAGGGGAAGUUCCGGUGCAGCUGACGCCGUGCAACGCGUUUCUUAACCGUGACGUUCGUUACUUGCACACGGCUGGACCACAGAGCGUGAACAAGGAUUUUGUACCAAUGUUAGUAGAAGUGAGCGACGACGUUGGCCGCGUUGUCAAACGUGAACGUUUCCAGUUGCCCGUGGAUAUCCCGGAGGGAAAAACGAACUCGCCCCCUCAGCCGACUUUCUCGUCGUUGCUGCUCCUCGAUGUAAAUCAGUUUAUCGUGACGGCAGUGACGCCGGCCGUGUUGUCCGCGGAAGACUCGGAUAGUGACCCUAGCACUCUACUGUUCAGACUUCGAACGAUUUUAGGUCCCGAGGAAGGUUAUUUUGUGACGACGGAUGACAGGAGUGUUCCAAUCACUUCGUUUUACCAGAAAGACACGCAGGCGUUGAAGAUUGCUUACGUUCCGCCAAGCACGAGUUCGAAUGAAAAGAGAGUAUUUCGGGUCGAGAUGGAAGUCGCGGAUGAAGAAGGAGCAAAGUCGGAUCCGUUCGCCCUGAUGAUCGUUGUUAAACCGAUGAAUAUGAUGGCCCCGAGAGUGACGCGGAAUCAAGGCCUAUUUUUACUGGAAGGACAGACUAAAAAGCUCGGAAAUACUUUAGAAAUAUCCGACGAAGACAACAGGAAUGAUGUCAUGUUCGAAAUCGUUGACGGCUUGCGAUAUGGUCACCUUCUUCUAGAUGGCUUUGAGUCGGAGUCAUUUACGGUACUGGAUUUAGAUGAUGGACUCGUUGCGUACAGGCACGACAGCAGCAGUACAAGCACAGACAAUAUAGUCUUUAGAAUAAGCGAUGGCAAGCUUUGGUCCGAGUUCCUGUACCCGGUAACAAUCUACCCGGAAGACGACGAGCCUCCACUUUUGAACGUAAACACGGGACUCUCCGUGCGAAAGGGGGAGGACUUACAAAUCACUUCAAGGUCUUUGAGCGCGACUGAUGUUGACAGCGACGAUGCUCGCAUCGUGUAUGAGUUGUUGCCGCCUUUUCCGGAGCAUGGAACCUUGCUGCUCAAGCAGCCGGAGAAGCCACCCGACUCGUUCCGCUGGACACUCCAAGACGAGCUUUACGAACGCGAAGUGACGAGAUGGACACAGAAGGACGUGCAAGAAGGAAACGUGUUUUAUCGUCAUGACGGAGAACACGUUUCCGAGACCGUUAUCGAUACUAUUUAUUUCCGUCUCUCUGACGAUAACACUCCUCCGAAUGAGUCCGGCAUUAAUGAAUUCGUGGUGAAGGUCGCUCCGGUGGAUAACGUUCCACCGGAGAAAGCACCAGAUGCUACCCUUCAUCUUGACGUUGAAGAGUUCCAGCUGACGGAGAUCACCAAACAGGAGCUUCGCUACAGAGACUUAGAUACGAAGGAUAAAGACCUUCGUUAUCGAAUUACGAAGGUGCCGUACGACAUUGACGAAAACAAUCCCAUGAAUCCCGGUAUGGUUGUCAGAGUGGACGAACCGAAUGCGGAAGUGACGGAAUUUACGCAGGCGGAAGUGAAUCACAAGAAGAUCGCUUUUAAGCCUCCCUCGAUUGAACUCGGUAUCGUGCCAAGGGUAAUCCAGUUUCAGUUUGAAGUAUACGAUGCCGGUGACAACGUGCUUCAAGGUCAGAUCUUUUCGGUUUUUCUGCAUCCCGUCGACAACAAGCCGCCGAAGAUUCUGAAUCGUGGCGUAACAGUUGAAGAGAACGGACACGUAGAUAUUAGAUCAGACGUCUUGGACGCAACCGAUGUUGACACCCCAACUGCGGCGCUCAGUUUUCGCGUCUCCAAACCUCCUGCUUACGGAAGGCUCGAAGUCCGAACGAGAUCGCUGGAAGAAGACGACGUCUUUACGCGAGAUGAUAUUCAUAAUGGAUCAGUAAAGUACGUCAACACCGCAGGAGGAAACAGGAGACAGGACAGAAUUGAACUGGAAGUCUGCGACGGAAUCCAUCGCGUCCCCAUUACACUGCGAGUGCAGAUAAAGCCUUUAGUCGACGACACCCCAGAAUACCUUCCGCAGCAAGGAAUGUCCACCGUGCACUUGACAGUUCCCGAAAGCAGGAAAGUGGAGAUCACUCCUCACCUCUUUAGGGCUUUACACAGGGAAAUAGAAAAGGAUGGAUUCGAAUUCAUUAUCACGCAAUCCCCGAAACAAGGCAGGGUGGAGAACGGCGGUGUGAAGAUCAGUCGCUUCACACGCGAAGACAUGUACAAACGGAGGGUAUUUUACGUACACAGUGGAAGCGAAACGGGAGAACGAGGUGCCACCGAUGACUUUCACUUGAGUGUGGUCCGGAAGACGGGAUCCCGCAACGUUGAAGAUGUCCUCGUGCACGUCGAGAUUGAACCGGUUGACUCUGCACCACCUCGCGUGUCCGUCGGUCAACCGCUUCCUGUUCUCGAAGGCGGGAAGGCAACCAUCACUAGGACAUACCUUUCGGCUACGGAUGUCGACUCAAAUGACGAAACCAUCCUGUGCAAUAUUGACGUGCAGCCAACGCACGGUUACGUAGAAAACGCGUCUCCCUCUCCAGGCUCCGAAAGCAUCCGAGCCGGCGUUCCAGUGUCAUCUUUCACUAUCUCGGAAAUCAACUCCGGUUGGGUGAACUACGUUCAGAGUAUCCACAGAGGAUUUGAGCCGUUGGGAGAUAACUUCAGUUUUAUCUGCUCUGACGGAAUCAACUCGAGUCCAAACUCCAAAUUCUCCAUCAGGAUCCACCCAACUAACGAUGAACAACCGGAGAUCGUCUCUAGUGAAUUGAUUGUGCUCGAAGGCGGCGAUACGACUAUUGACUUGACUAAUAUACAAGUGAGAGACCUUGAUGUUCCUGAAGACAAACUGAUAUUCGAGAUAACGAAGCCACCGAUGCGAGGUAGCGUCUUGUCCGCUCACGCCGGCUCUGGAAUGGCGCCAGUUGAUAGGUUUAGCGUAGCUGAUAUCACCCCUCCAUCGUCCGUGAUCUACAGACACGACGACAGUGAAACCGAAGGGGAUUAUUUCGAGAUAAGAGUGUCUGACGGAUGGCAGCAUACUAACGGCCGAGUUAUGAUAACGAUUAUUCCUGUCGACGACGAAACGCCGCGAUUGGCUGUAAACGAUGGGCUUGAGGUAGAUAUCAGCGAGACAAAAACCAUUACAAACCGCUUACUACGUGCUGAGGAUCUCGAUUCUGAAGACAGCAUGUUGACCUACGUUGUGAGGCAAGCGCCCCGUCAGGGAUUCUUGUUGCUGUUAAACUCCUCCACUUACAAGCCACAACGAAACCUAACGCGAGGAAUGAACUUUACUCAACGAGAUAUCGACAUGGGCCUGGUGACGUACACGCAGACAGGUAUACCUGGUAUGCGAGAUUUGAUCAAGUUCGACGUCACAGACGGUAAUAACGCUCUGAUCGACCGGAGGUUCUGGAUCACGGUGGAAAGCUUGGACACGAUCUACCCCGAGGUGGUCAGCAGGGGAGUGGAGCUCCAGGAAGGUGGGAGAGUCACACUGACUACAGAUAUUCUCAGCACCAGUGAUUUGAACAGCGAUGACGAAAGACUAAGGUUCAUCAUCACACGAUCACCAUCCAAGGGACACUUAGAGAGCACGGAUCAUCCAGGCGCGGUGUUGAGGUCGUUUACUCAAAUGGAUCUUGCCGGAAGCAAAAUAUGCUACGUGCACACCAGCAAGGACGAAAGUAAGCUGGACAGCUUCGAGUUUGAAGUCAACGACGGUCGCAACUCUGUCUUUAGAAUGUUCCGUAUCUCAAUCAAAGACGUCGACAACAAAAAGCCUGUCCUGUUCAUCAACCGACUGAGGGUUAGAGAAGGGAGCGAGAGAUUGAUCACUCCAUUUGAACUGAAAGCAGAUGAUAUUGACACACCGGAAUCCAACAUCAAAUUCACUAUCACGCAAAAUGCGAUUCAUGGGAAGGUUUUGUACAGGCGUUCACGCGAGGUUUCCUUCUUCACCAUGGCGGACUUGAGUGAUAAUAGAAUCUCGUACGUUCACGAUGGGAGCGAGACAUCGAAAGAUAACUUUAGCUUCGUCGUGACAGACGGUACUCACAAAGAUUUCUUUGUACAUCCUGAUGUGCAAAAGGCAACCAAAGCAGCUCAGCAGUUUUCGAUAGAAGUGCUUCCAGUUGACAACAGUGCACCUCAACUAGCGGUCAACAAAGGUGCUUUUGCGUUGGGUUAUUUGGACAAUUCUCGGCGGCUUGGAUUUAGGUUCAGUAAGGACGUGCUUCGUGCGUGUGAUGCGGACACGGUGGAUGCGAAGCUCAAGUAUGUGGUUACUGUCUUUCCCACCCACGGGAUAUUGGUCAACAGAGCAGUGGGCAACAGAAGUGUUGUGGAGUUCACGCAAGCUGACAUCGACAACAUGGACAUCAUGUACGUCCUGCACCAAAAGACAAACGUCACCAGGGAUUCUUUCACCUUCAAAGUGAUCGACGAAGGAAAGAACGAACUAACGGAUCAGAAGUUCGAACUGCGUUGGGCAUGGAUAUCGUUGGCUACCGAAUUCCACAUGGUCAACGAGACGGAAACGCACUUUAAGAUCAAGCUGCGUCGACGAGGUUAUCUUGGAGAAACUGCAUUUGUCGGUAUAUCGGCAAGGAACCUGACAGCAAAGUAUGGAUCCGACUACGGAGGUCAUUAUGGCCGUCAGGUACAGUUCAAUCCGGGACAAGCGGAAGCCUUCUGGAAGCUGCGCAUUCUCGAUGACACAGUGUACGAAGGAAAAGAAGAGUUUGUUAUCGUUUUGGACCAAGCGUUUAUGUCAGCUACGGAAUUUCCAGAAAAAGCCCUUGUCACGAUUCAAGACCCAGAGGAUGAGCCUCGUGUAUUCCUCCCUGAAACGAACCGAACAAUCGACGAAGAUGAAGGUCACACCAUGAUCCCUAUCCGGAGAGAUGGCGACUUAUCAGUCGACAUGGCAGUUCUUUGUAUUACGCAGCCUGGUACGGCUCAAGGAAGCUCACCGUCGCCCAUCCGGUCAUUUUCCGAUUACAUCAGUCGGCCGCCCGACCACACGAGCCUGGUUCGUUUCAGGCCAGGAGAGACGGACAAGACCUGCCGGAUCGUUGUCAUCGACGACUCUCUUUACGAGCCAGCGGAAAACUUCACCGUGUCGCUGAUGACUCCGCUAAACGGAAAAAUCGAAGGAAACUGCAGGACAGAGAUCACGAUUUUAUCGGAUCCAAAAGAUGUGCCGUACUUCUUCUUCGAAGAAGACAGUUAUCAUGUAGGCGAAGACAUCGGGAGCUUUGAAGUGGUAGUCCUGCGAGAGGGGCCAGAUCUGUCGGUCUCUUCGUCUGUCAUGGUGCGCUCCAAGCCAACUACUCCACAGAGCGCCGAAGCUGGCAGCGACUACAUCGCCGUGGGACACCUGAUGUACUUCCCUCCUGGUUCUACGAUGCAGACACUGGAAGUCAUCAUCCUGGAUGAUUACGGGCGACCUUCUCUGGAGCUGCUGGAGACCUUCAACCUUGUCCUUCGAGUUCCUGUUAAUGGAACCUUGGGAAACCCGAACACUUCACUCGUCACAAUCAACGAUACGUUUUCUGACUUACCCAAGAUGUAUUUCCUAGAGCCUUCUUACAUCGUUAAUGAAGAGGCUGGCCAAAUAUCCGUUCCCAUCAUGAGGACCGGCGACCUCAAGCACGCGUCGUCCGUUCGAUGCUACACGAGACAGGGAACUGCUAGAGUGGACUUGGACUUCGAGGAAAGACCAAACACGGACCAAUCCUUGAUUGUUUUCAGCCCAGGCGAAAGGGAGAAGAUGUGUACAUUAAACAUCAAAGACGACUCCACCUUGGAAGGCAAAGAAGAACUUCGACUUGUAUUGGGUACUCCACGAAGCGAAACUGCUGGUUCUGCUCUUGUUGGAGAUAUCAACGCUACUGUUAUCUGUAUCAAAGAUGAAAGUGACAGGUCUGUGCUAAGAUUUCAAAGAACUCGCAUUACGGUGAAGGAACCUCGUAGCCCGGAAGAGGUCUUCCACUUGGAAGUGCCAAUCGUGAGGACUGGAGACCUUUCUGGAGCUUCUGUGGUUCGCGUGUACAGCAGAGACGGCUCUGCGGUUUCCGGAGAAGACUAUUUGCCUGUUUCUCUAGAAGUGACCAUGUAUCCGCAUAUGAACGAAACUUCAGUGGCCGUGCAGAUCAUGUACGAUCAACUGAAAGAGCACCGGGAAGCUUUCACACUCCACAUGAGAGAAGAUAUCCACCGCAUUGCCGAGGUCAAGGACCCCAAAGUCAUCGUCUACAUUGAGGACGUAAAACUUCUGCCAGCAGUUGUCUUCCCCUCUGAACCUGUAGUUGUGUCCCUAAGGAAUUACGACUGUCCUUCUGAAGCUCCUCCUAACCCAAUUCCUGGAUAUCCUCUCAGUUGUAUUUCUGCCUGCAACAUGAAGCAUCCUGAUUACCUCAAGACUGGUCCCAUAUGCGCCAAGGAAGGCAUCAACGAUACGUUCACGGAGUUUCGUUGGAAGGUGGCGCCACCAGACGAGCAUCACAACUUAAGAGACAUCAAGUCUCGAGCCUUCUUUGCUCCUGUGAAUGGGAUAACUUUGGAUAGCGUCUACUUCUCAGUGGGCAGUCGUGUUCAAUGCCUCACGAGAGCCGUGAACACCGAUAGAGACAUAGGUCUGGAAGUGGAGAGCAAGCCGGUGGUAGUGUCGUCUACGGACGGCCUUUGCAGACCAGCUCAGGAUGGGUACGUUGGAGCUGAGCCUUUCACUGCCAAGCUUCGCUAUACGGGAACCAGCGACCCCAGAAGUCCGAACAAGAUCCAGAUCACCGUACUAAUACCGCACCGUGACGGUCUCCUGCCAGCUGUGUCUACGAGGCCUCUGUCCAAUUUUGAGUUCGCCCUUGGACCUAACAGUCUGCGUGUCGGACUUCACAAAUGUUCCAACCUUGUGGAACCCAGCGAGACUUUCACGAGUGACGGCUUCCUGACGGACGCCAUCGUGGAUCCUCAUCGAUACAUCGGCAAGGCUGAACCUUACCAGUACAGUAAAGACAUGCGGGGACUCAGGACACUCAGGUUCUACAAGAACUUGGACUUGGAAUCCUGUCUGUGGAACUUCACGGCGUUUUAUACACUCUCUGAGCUGGUUUCUCAGUGCGGAGGUGCUAUCAAUCAUGAUGGUCAGGCUCUGAACUUGGUGCAGUCGUACGUCUCUGUGACGGUACCCCUCUACGUUUCCUAUAUUCUGCACUCUUCCGCUGCUGUUGGCGGUUGGCAACACAGUGACAUGGUGACGGAACUCAAGAUCAGCUUUGUGUACAACACGGCGAUCCUCUGGGACCACGGGAUCUCGACACCCCUUGACUCUAGGCUAAACGGUAGCAUCUAUCCUACUGGGAUGAGGAUAAACAAAAUGGGUCAACUCGUGGUUCGCUUCAGAACUGUGCCGGGCUUUCAUGGACAGUACAUUCUGAAGCAUCCAGAACGGAAAAGGGUGUCACACGUGACCUCUGUUGAACAACCGGAUAUGACGUUCACCUUAAGACUAAUAAACAGUGAAAAGACCUUCUUGGAACCCCAACAAGAGUGGGAGAUCACUUCCGAUGUCGCUGUGAAAGACUAUUCUGGCACGUACAAAAUCAACUUGAUUCCGUGCACUGUUCGGGAGGAGACUGAGUAUUCGGAGCCGCUUCCCUGUAACCCGCAGGAGGUCGUUUCUUUUGAAUUGCCUAUUCAUUUUCAACAAGUAAGCGACCCCGUGCCGGCGCAGUUCACACUCAAUACUCAGUUUCAUGUGACACGCCGAAGAGACCUCUGGCUCACUGGGGACUACAGCGAGUCAUCCGAAGACGUGGACGUGUCUUUUGUGAAAGGUGACAAGAUAUACGGUCGGAUCCGGGUCAACCCGCUGCAGAGCAUAGGACAUUCCUUCAUAAUGGUUAUCGAGAAAUGUUUUCUGUGCACGGGAGUCGACGGAUACAUCCCAAAAUAUGAUCCUGAGAAUGAAGAAUAUGGAUGUAUUGCCGAAUCAGAGAAUAUCCGCUACGUCAUCAAGAUAAUCGACAAGGAAGCUCCCAACACCAUUUCGAAGAGCUUCCUAGACGUUCCGUUCAAUGCUACGCUCCUGUCCGAGGACCCAAGUCAUAGUAACCUGCUCGGUGCUAAGAACGAGCCUGGAGUCGAUGGAUUUUAUUUCUCGGCUGAUCCGUUGUUCAAGAUCACUUCUGGGACGUUGUGGUUCAUCCACUGCAUUUACACACUUCGUGCUAAAGACAAUGGCGGCUACAGACACUACGGAAAGCGGCAGACAACGACCAGGGAGCACGCAGUAUUCAGGCGUUCUGUCAACCCGGAGACCAUUGGGAAAAACGGGCUCGGCACGAACAUGCACCAGCUCGUCCUUUCAAACGCUCUCCGAAGAACGAGUACACUAGAGUCUGCCAACUUCACAGAAAUCCAUUGGCCCAUUGUGUCCGCGAUCGUUGGCAUCGCUGUGUUAGUAUUAUCCUGCGUGUUUGUGGUGACGAUUCUAGCCGUCAGAAGACGGAAACGGAAUUCAGCGAGUUUGACUGGAAGAGGACCGGACAGCAGCACAGUCACGGUGACGUGUUCUGGCGGUAAAAGCCACGUUAGGGCGACUGAGUACGUGAAGCGUGACGAUACUGUAGCCGGGACAGAGGUGUGAGAGCUUGUUCUACGAGCUUUUAAAGAACUCUUUCUUAAUAUAAUAACUUUAGCAGAAGAAAUUCUGUUCCUGGUGCCAAAAUAAUGGACAACACAAAAUGCAACUCAUAUUCCGCAGUGGCGGAACAAACUUUCGUGCGCGUUACUCCAGCGUCGAAAUCAGAAAGAGACUGCGGCGUGGAGCAGACGCAUGAAUCCGGUGCACAUUCUACGUUUACAUUAUGUUGUGUUAGUUGAGUGUCGUCUUUAUUUUAUGGAGAGUAAGUGUUUCGCAGAAAGGGACUAUAGAGUGACUGUCGUUGUGGUCUGCGACGGCGACAAGGCUUACUGCCAUCCACUAUUUAGUACCCGGUUGUGCGCUGUCUUCAAGAGGCGCGCGAAUAACGUACCACCGCCAUCACCGGUUUGAAGUGGGGAAUGCCAUUGCUGUUGCAGAAAUGGACUGCUUUUAAUAAAUGCUAUCAUGCGCUCGGGUAUUUACCCAGGCUAUGCAA